AUGGCUGACACAACCCUUCUAGCAUCCAAAAAACUCCUCAUAUCGGGAGGCACUGGCUUUGUAGGCUCAGCCACAGUGCGCGCCGUAGCUGCGAAACAUCCCAGCUGCGCCAUCACCGUCAUUGACCGGAGUCCGCCUCGCCAGCAACAUGCCCUACCAGAGACUAUCUCAUUCCUGCAAGUUGAUGUCACCUCUGCAGAUGAGCUUAGCAAUGCAUUUCAGGCCGUCGAGCCCGAUGUUGUUAUCCAUACGGCAGGCAUUGUACCCGCCCUAGCCGACCGAUUUGGCCGACAGUUGGAGCGAGAAGUAUGGAAGAUCAAUGUCCAGGGCACCCAGAACAUGCUGGAUGCGGCCACAGAGCAUGGGGUCCAGGCAUUUGUCUAUACCAGUACCUGCUGCGUCACGACGGACGACUUCAGAUUUCCAUAUCCCAAUAUUAACGAGGGAUGGCCUACAUCCCAAACCUCACUGAUCUACGGCGAGUCUAAGGCUGCAGCAGAGGCCCUUGUUCUAAAAAAAUCCGACAGCCAUAUGGCAACCUGCUCCCUUCGGCCCUCUGUGCUAUUUGGCCCCGGGGACUAUCAGCUGAUCCCCGCCAUUCACGCAUGCAUUGCCAAAUAUGAGACUCCAUUCAUCAUCGGGGAUGGGGUGAACCUGUGGGAUGUCACCCACGUCGAGAACAUCGCUGAUGCCCAUGUUCUCGCAGUGGAGAACCUAUUAACGUCACGCACGGCGGCGGGGGAAGCUUUCUUUAUACAGAACAAUGAGCCCAUCACUUUCCGAGACUUCUGUCUGGCUAUCUGGGCACACUUUGGGCACAUUCCGCCGUUUGAAAUCCGUAUUCCGCAGGGGCUUGCAUAUUUUGCAGGGUUAAUGUGCGAAAUGGCCACCUGGGCGACGGGCACAACGACCACCUUGAGUCGUGGGAGCGUCCAGGAUGCAUGUGCUACGCGUUAUGCGAGCGGUGAUAAGGCCAAGACAAUACUGGGGUACGAAGCCCGCAUCGGUAUCGAGGAGGGUAUUCGUUUGAGCUGCGAGGAAUACGCCCGGCGCAUUGGGGUUCAACUCCCGGAAUUUCGCCCGGGCAAUAAACCGAGCUUCGCCCAGGAGGUGGCAAGAUUGAAUGCGGAAGAUGCGCAAAAUUGA